AUCAUUUCCUGUGAUCCGAGAAGAAGAUCAGUAGCUGGAAAACAAAAAGUGGGAAUAAGAGUAAGUUUUUAUUGUUUUUAAGAGAAGCUUUUAGGGAGCUUAGGUAUCGACGACGACGUCGACGGUAACGGAAACCAAAAAAGGCAAUAGGAUUAGAUUAGCAAAAUAACAGCUUUCACGUGCAGCACACUUUUUUGUACAUUUCUUCGCCGUCGUUGCACAACUACUACAUGUCUUAUAUCACAUUUUCUGGAGGACGUGAACACAAUACAAGGCCGGAUUUUCCAAUUCAUUUUUUAAACUUAAGUGCAGUCCUUUAGAAUUCAACUCUCGGAAAAUUCACAAACAUUUAACAAGUUAGAUAGAUAGAUAUAAUAGAUAGAUAGAUAGAUAGAUAGAUAGAUAGAUAGAUAGAUAGAUAGAUAGGUAGAUAGAUAGAUAGAUAGAUAGAUAGAUAGAUAGAUAGAUAGAUAGAUAGAUAGAUAGAUAGACAGAUAGAUAGAUAGAUAGAUAGAUAGAUAGAUAGCUAGCUAGCUAGCUAGAUAGAUAGAUAGAUAGAUAGAUAGAUAGAUAGAUAGAUAGAUAGAUAGAUAGAUAGAUAGAUAGAUAGAUAGAUAGAUAGAUAGAUAGAUAGAUAGAUAGAUAGAUAGUUUAAUAACCAAUAUAUUGCAGCCCGAAGGCUGAAUUGCGUAUUUACAAAUGAUUGAACUGAUAAAAUGAUAAAAUGUGUAUAUAAAACUAAGUACAGUAAAUAUAAAAGUAUAAAAAAUAUGAUAAAAGGACUAAAAAUCUACGUAUAUAUAUUAUCGAUGCAGGAUCUAAUUCUAAAACUGUUCCUAAAACGAUCUGUCUUGCAUUUAGGUACGAUGAAGCGCCUGUUGCACCUUAGGGCAUAACGUGACGGUCCACUAAAUUGUAUUAUCUUGUUCAGACGGUGCGGUUCAGGGUCCUUUAUAAUGGUGUCGAAAGUAUUACUACAUAGCCCCGUGAUGAAAUUUACAAUAUAUAGGGACAAUGUUCACUAGUUCGAUGGUCUCCUGGUAGGGCAGUCCUGGGCAUAUUAUAGACAUUGCCCGCUUCUCAGCUCGCACCAUGACGUGUAUUAUUCAGAUUAUUUAUAAUUAACAAUAAGGAAACAACAACGAAAAAGAACAUUUUAGUCAACUCAUAAGGUAAAAGUAAUUUUCUUUUUCUUUUCCUGGCUUCUUGUUCUUCUUCUUCUUCUCAGAGUGAAUGAACAAACGACCGAACGAACGAAUGAAUGAGUGAAUGAAUGAAAUAUAGUGGAUGACAGGACAACAGACGUGUCCUCUUUACAUAGAAAUUAUGUUAACAUGUUUAACAGCAAGCUCGGACGUCAGCGAAAAACACCACUGACAGCCGUUAUCUUUCCAUUUAUGAGAUUACUGUAACCCUCCUAGUCCUUGAUAUGCAUGUGUGCAAGGUAGAUCGCACCACCGGGGAAACGUCCCCUACCCUUUUUCAGGCAGUUUUGUGGGUUCUUUUAAAUCGCCUUUGAUUUGGUCAAUGAAAGAGAGAAGAAAGAGACAAGGCCAACGGUUUAACGUCAUCAGCCAAACGACACGAUGAUCUGAACUGACACAAGGUCUGAAAUCACAGCUAGUAUGAUCUGACCAGUUUUUAAAAGACCCUAGUUGGUCUAGACCCUAGUUGGUCAGGCCGGGGUGCAGGGGGGGAUUCGGGAUUUUCCUUAGGAUGGGGUGCACCACUAGCAGAUGGUGUAACUGACGUAAACAAAUUUUAAAAGCGAAACAAAGAAGAAGGCUUUUGACUGGGCAAUAACACGCGAACGGCUGAGAAUAGUUAUCAAAUAAUACUACAGAUUUUGUAUAACCGUGAAGCGGACUGUACGUUUUUUAAUAAGAAAGCCACAGGCCAUCUCAGGGGAGGGUGCGCGCCCUCUGCAUCCUCCUCCUAAAUCCGCUUCUGGGGUGUGAACCCGCGUCGUCCCGCUUGACAGACCGGCGUAUUCCCAUAGUACUGAGCUAACCGGCGGUGGUGGAAUUCUCCUUCUCCUCUUGUGUUCUUGAAUCUUUUCAAAGACUAAGGCUGUCUUCACACUUAAAUACCGGAUAGCUCUUGCGUCGGCACGAAAACCGUACUGGAUUUAAGCCACUCAGUCUGUUCACACAUAUGAUCGGUGAUUUCAACACGGUUUCCGUAACGAAGCGCCGCGAGCCGAUCUGCAAAGUGAUGAGUCACAAUCGCCACGCUUGAACAGGCAUUUGGACCGUACCGGAAGUGAAUAAGUAGGAGCGAGGACUGGAAUCCGCUGAGACGGAGGUAAAUAUUCAUGAGUGAGGACUAGGACUUUCUUGGCCAACCGCUCCGGCACGAUGUUCGAUGUGUGAGAACGACUUGUUCCAGUGCUCGCUGUGCCAUUGUCCAUUCUAUACCGGGUAGCUUUUUUUUCCGGUAAAGCGUAAACAUAGCGUUACAGAGGUGGAUCUAAGGGAGGAGUCCGGGGGUGCGGCCCUCAGAUUAUACUUGGGCCAAACUGAAGCCCGAAGGACCAAGCAAAAACUAUUUUCGAGUCCUGAUCCCCUUCUAUCUUAGGGCCUGGAUGACCAGAGCCCCCCCAGUUACUUAAAGAUGUGAAUCCGUGACUGAAUUAGGUUUCAUUUAAUAACUAGAUAAAAUAUAUUUUGUUUUUGAAAUAUCUGUGUUUGUGACUGUAGAAAAUAUCUGUACAUUUUCUCUUGCCCUCGGAUUGUUAGAUGCUAACUUAUAGUGUUUCUCUGGUCAAUGUUUCAGUUGAAACUCCUGAGAUGUUGUUAAAGCUCAUAUUCAUUUCGAUUCUUACGAGGGCUUUGUUGUCUGCGAGUAUAUCAAAAGAAAAAGAAACAAACGCCCUGGAGUGCUUCAACGGUGGUACUUUAAUCAAUGGGACAUGCUUAUGCAAGGAUGGCUAUUCAGGCAAAGACUGCUACAAAGGUACUUCAUAAUUAGACUACGAGCAGUCUCUCUUUUUUCUGUAGUCCGUUGAGCAAAACGCAAGACACGCAAAUGGCCACUCGCGUGACUGAUGGCGCGAGACGGGAGCUGCUGCCCUCGUUUCGCGCGUCUCGCGGCUUCGCCGCUCGCGCGCGCGUGCACUCCCCUUACUAAAUCUGAAGAAAAAGAGAGACUGCGAGCAGUCUACUUUAUAGUGUACUUAUGCUAUGUUCACACUACACCACGCAACUCUUGCGCGUGGACGAAAACCAUUCUGGUGAGGGCUUCUUCUCACAAAUAAGAACGAGAUUCGAUUCCCAGAAUUCCUUCCUAUCCUGCAUGGGGUUGCUAAUUUUCAGAAUCCACCGACGUCUACGCUUUCUUUGCUAUUAAACUGGAUCUUGGGUAAAUGUUCAAAUUUGCCGAUUUGUUAAUUCCUGGUUUUCUUCUCUAGGCUAAAAUCUUCAACCAGUUGAUUAGUUUCCAUAAUUUUGGCAAAAAGUAACGUACAAAUUAUCCACUUGACGAUUUCUGUUUAUCAUAUAGAGAUGUGGAUGCUUAUAUAUGUUGAUUGGGAUUAUACACACCCCUGAGCAAGUCAGUUAUAUUUUUGUUUUAUAGCAUCCGUUGUGGAAUGUCCGGAUUGGGAUCAUCAUUGUCGUGACGAUCAAAUAUGCUGCUUUGUUCCUUCUACAUCAAGUUUUAGCAGAUGCUGUCCAAAUAAUAUGUUCUGCUCGAGAAGUGGUUUUUAUUGUUGCAUCAGACCUUGGUGCAUCGGUAUCUGAGUACGGGUUAGAACAUUGCAGUUUUCGUCGUAAGUACACACCACAGGCUGACCAACCGUCGUUUUAUUGUGUAUUUAAUAGUCGGGGGUGUCAGUUUCAAGCGACAAAAAUGCUGAAGACGACACUAAAAACAUAUGGCAAGUUAUCUUUAUUAAUCUUUCUUACCUUAUAUUAACAUUUGGGAUCAAAAGAUGAAAACCUCUGUGUUUUAUGAAGCACUUCUGCCGAUCACUCGAAUCAAGCCGAGAGCGGGCGUUACGAAAUACAAAAUGAGAUCACAUGUCGCACGUGACAUGACGAUGACUCGAACAGUUUGGAUGGUCUGCCUGUGGUACACCAUUGUGAUUAUCGAAGUGACUGAACGCAUAAGUCGCAUUUUACUCUGUGACACCGCUAUGUCCUUACGCGCUUGAUUCUUUCAAUUGAAAGACUAACCUGGGUUGAGGGUACGUUCUCUCUUGGUACGAACCGUUCUGGAGCCAAGGUAUUUAACGACUGGAUUAUAGCUUUUUUUCUUGGGGGGGAAGCGUUAUAUUCUUUUGUCAGAUUUAUGGCUCAGAGGAGCGCUUAUACAAAAUACUACGACUUUUGGUUUCCAUUACCCGCGUUGUACUAUCUGUAACGGCCCAUACGGGAAGGCUCCGCCCGUAAGGGGUACUUUUUGAGGUAUAUAGAAGGGUGAGGAUUUUACUUGUUGAAGUAUGUGAAAGUGUAGGGAAAUCCGUCAUUUCGGUCUUUAAAAGAACCUAAAAUUUCUAAAAGGACUAACAAACGCAUUUUAUGGCUUUGAAAAGAUGAAGAAAACUUCCUGGUGUGUGAGAGAUUUAUCUAUAUCAAAAAAGGCAUUUUCAGUAGUUAAAAGGGUUUCAGUGUUUUUUCAGUUUCAGCUGUUUCGGAUAAAACGAGACCUGCGUUGUCAAAAAAGUAUGGUCAUUUUGGGUUUUUCAGCGACGUCAAUCAAACCGUUACCAUGGCAUCCACUGUGUUUGCUAAAUAAAGGCGGCAGUAACAAACAGAAGCCGCAAAAGUAAACGUUGGCGGGAACGUACCGAUUCGUUUUCACCCUCCCAUAUCUGUGUUUCUUCUGGAUUUGGUAGCUUUAUAGGGACAAUCUAAACUUGCUACGUUUCAGUAUAAAGAAGACAAAAAAUCUUAGAGCUAAGGUAAAGAUUGCUCCGCUUUUCAAAAACACGCGACUGAACUCUGAAUUCCACCAAUCACCUAUCACAAACCAUGACCUUUUUUUUCCUAAGAUGUCCGCUACGAUGCGAAGGCGAGAAAAAGCGACUAUUCUUCAGAGUUUGAUUGACGUCACAAAAGUGUCAUCUGAAACAACUGUAACUAGGUAUGUUUAAGGAGUACCAUUUGUCAAUAGAAGGUAUACGAAAGGGGGACCUUUUCUGCCAAAAAUAGUAUAUAAAACAGCAGGAGCCUGAAAACAGUAAGGGUUUGGAAUUCGGGGCAGAGCCUCCCCGUAUAAAACUUUGUUGAGUGUCAUCCACCCCCCCCCCCCACCCCGUAUUGAACUUAAAAAACAACGUGGAUGGGGUGUAUUUUAUGAUAUUUCCAAGGAGUUACCAAAAAAUAAACUAACCUCUUCUAUUGGCCCAUAACAGACAACCUAAAGGUAACUCUCUUGGCAUUAUAACCAAUUGUCUACGGUUUAUAAAGAGACAUCUAAAAACAGCAUGCUGCUUGCAAUCUGUUCAUUAUCAGGGCCUGGUUGGAAGUUUGCACAUAUUAUAUGCUGCUUCAUUUAUUAAAAUGUUCUUGUUUGGAGCGAAUAAUGUCACGUGACAGGGCUUACUUUAAUAAACCGCAGACAAGGUUAACCGCUUUCAAAUUAAAUUAGUCCUCGAUCGAGGUCCUGACUCCAAUUUAACUUUUUCCAAUUUUCCAUAAUAUUUUGGAACUCUCCUUAGACUUUUUCCCCGAUUUUUUUUGUAAUUUGUUUACCCUCGGAGCACUUAGGAGUUCAUGAGACUCGAUUAAACGUGUCCGUGCGUUCCAGAUCGAAUUGGAAUUUGAAAGUGUUGGUUUUUAAGGAGAGGGGAAAACCGGAGUACCCGAAGAAAAAGCUCUCGGAGCAAGGGAGAGAACCAACAACAAACUCAACCCACAUAUGGCGGGGACGUCAGGAUUCGAUCCCGGGCCACAUUGGUGGGAGGCGAGCGCCCUCACCACUGCGUCACCAUUUUUGUUUGAGGGGGAAAAACGGAGACUGCUGAACUAUGUGCCUCACCGUGACGGUUUGGAAUGCCCUUGUCUUAACUCUAGGUACUGAAACUCCAGAUUAGCAAACUCCAUAUAACUGGGUGCGUUUCUUAACUAAAGGUUGAUUUCCACUGCCGCGUUUUUGGCUACGCACGUUAACGCACGUAAAUAAAAUAGAGGCGAGAAAGUUGAGCGAGGUUCAACUUUUACGCUUACGUGUGACCUUUCAUACAUUGCCUCUAUUUUAUUUGCGAACCUAAAUUUUAUGCACGCACGCACGUAAAAAUUACGCGACACUGGAAAUUAAACCUAACAGACCUUGUUUCCUCGACUUUUGGCAGUCAAAGACUUAGCUUGACGGUCUUUGCUUACUCCUAGGCGGCAAUGUAAUGGUUUAAAUAGGCAUACGGAGGGUACACUCAUCUUUACAAAUUUCGAGCAAUCAUCAAUGUUACUACGUAGCCUAAGCGUAAUAUGUGAACUCUGGCAGGACUAAGAUUUGCAGGGAAGAUCCAAAUUGUCCUUUUUUUUUCUUUAAAUGUAGGCGAAACUGUUGAGACAAGUAGAUGUCAUAAUACUGGAGGUGCUACAAUCCAUCGACAAACUAAAGACAAAAUAGAAGACAUUAAAAAGGAGUCUUUUAUAAGCGUUGUGACUUAGUUUCUAAAGUUAUUUUUAAGAGAUUUGUCUCACUUUUUGUUUCGUUUUUGCUUCAUUGAGUGGGUGAAGGUUGGUGUGGAUUUCGUCAUGGGUGUUUUCUUGCUUUGAUCUUUGAUUUUUCUUGAAUUCCCACAUUUACUUGCUUCCAUUAUUGGAAUACUUUGCUUGCCCUCGUCAGUUGUAACUUAUAUACAGGUGUUCGUGUUUGUGAGA